AUAAAGUAAUUUUUUUCUAUGCGUCUGAGUAGAAAAUUUUAAGGAAUCCUCUUUUUAAUUUUUUUGAUAAUUAUGUUACGUGCUGUUCUUAUUGAUUUGAGUGGCACUCUACAUAUAGAGAAUCAAGCCAUUCCAGGAGCAAUAGAUGCUUUGCAUAAAUUACUUGCUACAGGCAUUAGAGUGAAAUUCGUCACAAACACAACAAAAGAAAGCAAAAAUGUUCUUUACAAUCGACUGACUAAUAUUGGUUUUCAAUUAAAAAAAGAUGAUAUAUUUAGUUCUCUAGCUGCUGCACGAAAUCUCUUAGUGCAUAGGAAAUGGAAGUCCUUAUUACUGCUAUCACCUGAAGCAUUGGAAGAUUUCGAAGAUUUGGGCUGUGAAAAAGAUGAAAAUCCUAAUGCUGUAGUUAUUGGCUUAGCCCCAAGUGAAUUUCAUUAUGAACGCUUGAAUGAUGCAUUUAGAUGUUUACAAAGUGGUUCUAAAUUAAUUGCUAUCCAUGCUGGAAAGUAUUAUAAAAGAGAAAAUGGACUUGCAUUAGGCCCAGGAUGUUUUGUGAAAGGUUUGGAAUAUUCAGCUCAAUGUGAAGCUGAAAUUGUUGGAAAGCCAACAAAGGAGUUCUUCCUUGCAGCAUUGGAUGACAUUCAACCGGUAGAAGCUAUAAUGAUUGGAGAUGAUGUAACAGAUGACAUACAUGGUGCCCAGAUUACUGGUAUGAGAGGUUAUCUAGUACAAACAGGUAAAUAUAAGAAAGGGGACGAGCUCAAAAUAAAACCAGAACCCAGUGCAGUUUUUCCCAGCAUUGUUGAGGCUAUUGAUUCCAUAUUAAAUGAACUGAGUGUAGGAGGUCAUUCUUUUUAAUGUUUUGAUUUUUUAUUAUCUGUUAUGAAGAUAUUAUAUGAUGUCUUAGUGAA